UUGAGUUUUUUUUCCAUAUUUUUGUUUUUUAAUGGAUUUUAAUUUCUAGUUGCUUUUUUGCUACAAUAUGUGUUUUUUUAAAUAGGUUUUUGCAUAUUGAUGGAUUUAGAUGGUGUUCAACCUAAUUAUCCUUCUUCUUGUGUUACUCAUUCAGUUGGUGAUAUUUAUCGUACUCCAGAGGUUGUUGGAUCAUUUAGCCCUGGUGGUACCACUAAGGAAUGGAUUCCAAAUGUUCCCAAGGAGUUAAAACCCAGUUUGGGUAUGAUAUUUAAAGAUCCUGGAGAGGGUCUUAGUUUUUAUAAAGCAUAUGCAAAUGCCGCUGGGUUUACUUCUAGGAAAUCUACUACUAAAAGGAAGAAGAAUAACAAAGAUAUAAUUGCUUUUCAAUAUGGAGUUUGCAAUAAGGAAGGUUUUAGGGCAAUAAGAAAACCUAUUGCUCAACAAACAGUUUAUGAAGAAGGAAAAGUUCAUAUUACUAGGAAACGUUUAGUCACUCGUGUAGGAUGCAAUGCUCACAUAUGUAUGAGAUAUGAUGCUGGAAAGUAUGUUGUAACUCAUUUCAAAGAAGAACAUAAUCAUCCUUUAUAUACUCCAAGUUGUGCAAAAUUUCAGAAGGAUAAUAGAAAAAUGCAUAUUAUGCAUAAAAAGUUGAUUGUUGAUAAUUCAAAGGUAAAUGUUGGUCCUGUGAGGUCUUAUACUAUGAUGAAAGAAUUAGCUGGAUCACAUGAUAAUGUUGGUGCAUCUAAACAAGAUUUCAAAAAUUUUUAUAGAGAUUUGAAGGCUUAUAUUGAUGGAUCAGAUGCCCAAAUGUUUGUGGAUAAUUUUCAAAAUAAGAAAGUGCUUUGGAGUGCAUUUUUUUUUCCUAUGAUGUUGAUGAAGAAGAUAGACUUUGUAGAGCUUUAUGGGCUGAUCCUAUCUGUCGAAAAAAUUAUGCACUUUUUGGUGAUAUGGUUUCUUUUGAUACCACAUUCAAAACAAACAGAUAUAAUAUGAUCUUUGGUCCAUUUACUGGAGUUGAUCAUCAUAAAAAAUGUGUUACUUUUGCGGCUUCUUUUGUAGCUCAUGAGGAUAUAUCAUCUUUUGAAUGGGUUUUCAAAACUUUUCUUAAAGCAAUGGGAAAUAACGAGCCUGUGUGUUUGAUUACCGAUCAAGACCCUGCAAUGAAAGUUGUUGUUCGUAAU